CCACUGCAGGCCGGAUGAAGAUCAAGACCAUUAAACGUUCGUCCGAGACGUAUGUUCCGGUUAGAAACACUCAGGAAUCUGCGCUUCCGCGGAACUUAAACCCUGCUCUCCAUCCUUUUGAAAGGGCCAGAGAAUAUACCAAAGCCUUAACUGCUACCAAGAUGGAACGGAUGUUUGCUCAGCCAUUUGUAGGGCAGCUAGGAGACGGGCACAGAGAUGGGGUUUAUUGUAUAGCUAAGAACUUCUCGACUACAAACCAAGUAGCUUCUGGAUCAGGCGAUGGUGUUAUCAAAUACUGGAACAUGACUUCAAGACAAGAGUCAGUCAGCUUCAGAGCCCACUACGGGAUGGUCGGUGGCCUUUGUGUGACACCAAAGCAACAGCACAUGUUAUCUUGCGGUGACGACAAGACGAUCAAGUUGUGGUCAGUGAAAAGUGACGAAUUUGAAACUGGAUUUGGAGACGAAGAGGUGUACAGCAACAAAAGCAUGGGUUUGGUCAAGACAUUUUUGGGCGAGCAUGCCUUCAAAGGCUUGGACCACCACCGUGAUGACGAUCUUUUUGUUACAGGCGGUGCCACCAUCCAGUUGUGGGACAUGCACCGUUCAAAGUACAUCUCAGACUUGCUGUGGGGAGCAGACAAUAUCACCACAGUCAAGUUCAACCAAACCGAAACCAGCAUUAUCGCUUCAGCUGGCUCUGACAACUCGAUUGUUUUAUACGAUGUCAGAACCAACUCCCCUAUACAGAAAGUUGUGACUUCCCUUAGAACUAAUGCCAUAGCCUGGAAUCCCAUGGAAGCGUUUAACUUUGCAUCAGCCUGUGAAGACCACAAUGGGUAUCUCUGGGAUAUGCGUAAAUUGGACAGGUCUCUCAAUGUGUACAAGGAUCAUGUAGCAGCCGUUAUGGACAUCGAUUUCUCACCCACGGGUGAGGAAGUCGUUACUGGAUCUUACGACAAGACGAUAAGAAUCUUCCGUGCCAGAGAGGGCCAUUCCCGUGAUAUCUACCAUACUAAGAGAAUGCAGAGAGUGUUUUGCACCAAGUUCACUACUGACGCCAGAUACAUUUUGAGUGGUUCUGACGACACCAAUAUACGUUUGUGGCGUGCUAAUGCUGCUGACAGAUCGAACAUCAAAUCGUCCAGACAGAGGGCCAAGUUGGAAUACGACGCUGCCUUGAAGGAAAGAUACAAGCAUAUGCCAGAAAUCAAGAGAAUAUCAAGACACCGUCAUGUGCCCAAGACCAUCAAAAAGGCUGGAGAAAUCAAACGUGUUGAGAUUGACAGCUUGAAGAAGAGAGAAGACAAUGAGAGAAGACACAGCAAGCCAGGUUCCAAACCUUUCAAGUCAGAGAGAGAAAAGCAUAUCAGGGGAACAGCAAUCAAAGAAGAUUAGACCCCUACAGACCUCAAGGGCCAUGUACAUUAGUAAUAGCAUAAAUAAUGAAAAGCGACAUCAUAGAAGCAUGGU